AUGCAACGCGUACAGUCAGCAGUAGAUUUUUCCAAUCUGCUGAAUCCAUCGGAAUCAACGGCCGAGAAGAGAGAUCACAGCGGUUCUCCAAGACAACAACCCGCACAACCACAACAGCAACACCAACAGCCCGAAGCAGACAUGGCCACAGUCGGUUUGUUGCGCCCCAACGGGCCCCUGCCUGGUGCCCAACCUACCGAGCCCGCCAACGAGCUCCCACGUCCCUAUAAGUGCCCUCUGUGUGACAAGGCUUUCCACCGCCUCGAGCAUCAGACAAGACACAUUCGCACACACACAGGAGAGAAGCCGCACGCGUGCCAGUUCCCGGGGUGUAGCAAGAAGUUCUCGCGUUCGGACGAGCUGACUCGGCACUCGAGGAUACACAGCAAUCCCAACUCGCGGAGGGGAAACAAGGGCCAGCAGCAGCAUCCCCUUGUUCACAGCCACGGGUUACAGCCCGACAUGAUGCCUCCCCCCGGCCCCAAGGCUAUCCGCUCUGCGCCCCCUACUGCCAUGUCCUCUCCCAACGUGUCUCCCCCUCACCACUCUUACAGCCCUUACAACUUUGCUCCCUCGGGUCUUAACCCUUACAGCCAUUCCCGCAGCUCCGCCGGCAGCCAAAGUGGUCCUGAUAUCUCGCUCCUAGCGAGGGCCGCCGGACAACUCCCUGGGCUCCAGGCUUAUCACAUGUCGAGGUCGCACUCCAACGAGGAUCACGAUGACCACUACGGCCAGUCCUACAGGCAUGCCAAGAGGUCGAGGCCCAACUCGCCCAACUCGACAGCACCUUCUUCCCCAACAUUCUCACACGACUCGCUGUCGCCCACUCCCGAUCACACACCACUCGCUACUCCUGCUCACUCGCCGCGUCUGCGCCCUCAUCCUGGCCUUGAGCUGCCCCCUUUCAGGAAUCUUUCCCUGGGCCAGCAGCACACGACGCCUGCGCUGGCUCCGCUUGAGCCCGCUCUUGAUGGGCAGUUCUCGCUUACCCAGACUCCUCCUCCCGCUGCGCCCAGGAGCAAUGGUAUGUCCUUGACCGACAUCAUCAGCCGACCUGAUGGUACUCAAAGGAAACUUCCCGUGCCGAAGGUUGCUGUCCAGGAUUUGCUUGGGCCCGCCGAUGGGUUUAACCCAAGUGUCAGGAGCUCUUCUUCUACCAGCCUCUCUGGAACGGAGAUGAUGGACAGGUUAUAA